AUGCCUCAGUAUUCUCCAAUAUUGGGUUAUCAGAAAUUUUCUUUUUCAGAAAUCUACCAGGCCGAUGAGACCGAGCAGAAUAAUGGUACCCUAGGGAAGUUGGAUGAAGUAUCAGUACCCCUAAAUUUUUUUACCGAGUUGCCGAUCAAAUUCGGCAGCGAGAUGCCCACAAACAAAACGGGUCUGUCGUCUGAAGAAAUCAUAAAAUUGGCGGGCACGAGGUACAUAAGAGGCUUCGCUUAUGAUGGAUUCGAGUCUUGUUUUGUCACUCCUGCUCUUGCAAGCGAGGACCAGAAAGGACUAGAAUUGGCCCAUCUUCUGUUCGCCUCUGCAGAACUGAUAAGCAACAAGCAGUAUGAUCAAGCAUCCAGGCUUUUGAUGCAGUGUCAAAAGUUCUCUUCGCAGUGUGGGAAUCCCAUACAGAGGAUCGGCUACUACUUCAGCGGGGCUCUACUGCAGAGAAUUGAACGCCAGAUCAGCGAGAAGUCUAAUAAGCUUCCAAAAGAAGCCUUUGAUUUUGCAUACAACAUCGACAAUGGUUGUGAUAAGAAUGAAAUUUAUAGCACGGUCGCUUUUUAUGCUAGAGCGGUCCCCUUUGUGAAAUUGGUGCAAUUCUCGUCUGUGCAGGCAAUCAUAGAGGCUGUGGGAAAUGCAAGAAAAAUACAUGUGAUUGAUCUGGGGAUUCGAACCGGGUGCCAGUGGACAGUUCUAAUACAGAGUCUUGCCCUCAGAGCUCCUUCAUCUCCGCUCGAGCUUCUCAAGAUCACAGCAGUUGGGAUGAAUGGGCAAGAAAUGAAAAAUAGUGGAGGAAGACUUGAAGAGUUCGCUAAGUCUUCGGCGAUUCCGUUUUCAUACAAGAUGGUGAAGGUCUCGGAUAUGGAGGAGAUUCAUGAAGGUUUAUUCGACGUUAAACCUGGUGAAGCAGUUGCAGUGUAUGUUCCCUCUGUUUUCAGAACUCUGUUAUAUAAGCCAGUUCUUCUGCAGAGUGUUGUGGAUGUGGUAAAGAAACUAAAGCCCAGGAUAAUGGUGAGUACAGAAAUUGAAGCUGACCACAACUCUCCUUGUUUCGACAAGCGGUUCAUCGAGGUACUUUUCUCUUGCAGCACUUGGUUUGACUCCUAUGAUGCGAUCUUGCCAGACAGAGAUGAUGUUAAAAGGGUCAAGUUUGAAGAAGCGUUCUGUGGGAGCCAGAUAAGGAAUAUGAUAGCCUGUGAGGGGAACGAUAGGAGGGUUAGACAUGUUAGAACUGAUGUGUGGAGAAAAUUCUUUGGACACGCGGGAUUGACGGAAAUGGCUUUCAGCCAUCAAGUUUGGUAUCAGGCCAGGUUAUUGCUGAGACAAUUUCCUCACGCAGAAUGUUAUACUCUUGAGGCCAAUGGAUCUGCCAUAAUGGUUGGGUGGAAAGGGACCCCAUUACAAGCAAUAUCUGCAUGGACUUGUUGUUGA